AUGAGUUACGAACUGUUAAUUUAUGUAUUUCAGGUGUUUUCGACAGCAACAGCGUUCUACAUUCCUCUAAUAGCGAUUAUAGUCAUCUAUUGGAAAAUAUUGAGGGCUGCAAAAAAGAGGUUCAAACGCGAACGAGAUCGGCGUACGGUAAUUCGUCCACCACCCGAUAAACCUGAUUGUAAUGAAAAACUGGCGCCACUGAUUCUGAAGAAAAACAAAAAGAUAACAGUACCACAGAACUCGGUGGCGAACGGUGAGAAGAGUGAGGAGUACAAGAAUAAAAAGAGUAUCGGCGAAUCGUCAACGUCAACACAAUCCGAAGAGGAACGAACAAUCUCACAUACACAACCGGAGCAAGAAACAAAAUUAGAUGAUCAGGCUAUCCAC